UUUGCUUCUUCUCUUCUCUUCCUCGCUCAGCUUCGGCCACAUCGCCUUAUCCCCAAAACCCUAUCGAUCCACCCAACCCAACCCAACGCUCACCCAUGGCGGCCACGCUCUUCUCCCUCUCCCUCUCCCCGCAGCUGCUCCCCUUCCCCGCCUCCUCCAGGCUCGCCCCCUCCUCCGUCUCCUUCCCCUCCAGCAACAGGACGCGCCCGCCGCCGCCGCUCGCCGUCGCGGGGUGGCGGAGGUUCCCCUUCCUGCCGCUGGCCGUGGCCGUCUCGGAGGAUGUCGAGACGGAGCAGGAGGAGGAGGGCUCCGAGGCGGAGGAGGAGUUCUCCGAGGACCUGAGGGUCUUCGUCGGCAACCUGCCCUUCAGCGUCGACAGCGCCCAGCUCGCCGGACUCUUCGAGCAGGCCGGCUCCGUCGAGAUGGUCGAGGUCAUCUAUGAUAAACUGACUGGAAGAAGUCGUGGAUUUGGAUUUGUGACAAUGUCUACUGUUGAAGAAGUUGAGGCAGCCGUCGAGCAAUUCAAUGGCCAUAUACUUGAUGGGAGAUCUUUGAGGGUUAACUCGGGGCCACCACCACCAAGGGAGCAAUCAUCGCCAAGAGCACCCAGAGGCGAGGCCAAUAGGGUCUAUGUGGGUAACCUUUCUUGGGGUGUUGACAAUGCAGCUCUUGCAAACUUAUUCAGUGGGGAAGGGGAGGUCUUGGAAGCUAGGAUCAUCUAUGACAGGGAGAGUGGCAGGUCAAGGGGAUUUGGAUUUGUCACAUAUGGUUCUGCUGAAGAGGUUGAGAAUGCAGUUUCAAAUCUUGAUGGCACUGACUUGGAUGGCAGACAGAUCCGUGUCACAGUAGCAGAAUCUAGACAACCUAGGAGACAAUAUUGAAAGCCGAUGAUUUGAAGCCUAUGGUUAGUCCAGAUAUGAAUUAUACCGUCGCCAUGAUUUGUUCUACACUAUUGAUGGAAACUCUAGUGGUCACUUCCACUAUGCGGAUUCAAUAGAUUUUGGUUUGGUGAUAGGAUAUAUUUAUAUGAUUUGGCUUUAA